AUGGUUGAUAAAGACCAGGCUGAAAUCAAUUCAAUCCGUAAGGUAUUCAAUGAGUCAGACGUUCUCCUCUGUUGGUACCAUGUAACACAAGCAGUAACUCGAUGGCUGUCAAGAUCUGAAUCUGGUGUGAGUGGACCUGAAAAGGCAGAUUCAAGAGCGCACAUCAUGCAGUUCAUGUCAGAGCUGAAAUCCUGUUCAACGGAACAUGAAUUUAAGAAAAAAUCUGAGAUGUUUCACUGCCAGUUUAAGAACUUAAAAGAUGUCUGCAAGUACUUCAGGAACCACUGGGAGACAAUUGGUCAUCUGUGGUCUAACUUCGGAAGAUGUUAUAAGCAUGGAGACUCUGACACAAACAAUCUAAUAGAACGUUUCUUCCACCGUUUAAAAUACCAAUUCCUCUGUGGCAUCCGCAAUCGUAGAUUGGAUCAUUUGAUUGCUGUGCUGCUGAACAAGACUGACAAGUACUUCAAUAUAAUACAGGAUUUGCAGUCUGUUGGGAGGGUCAGUAACCCUUUGGAAUGCAAAAUGGAAGAAAUAAAGCAAUCUGCUGAGAGGAUGCUAGAGAAUGGAUGGGCCAUGAAAAUUACCAUAGCUUCAAAAGAAACAUAUGUAUACAAUGUUCCAUCUGAGAAUAAUCCACAUGUAGUUUACUGUGUGUGUCCUGCAGAACAGUUCUGCAGUUGUGAAGCUGUCUUCUCACUUGCUGUGGUCCUGAGACUUUUCCAGACAUGGACACACAACUGCAGGCCCAUGCCAAUAACUUGA